AUAUUUUAUAUGCAAACUUUAUAUUUAUGAACAAAAUAUAUCUUAACUAACACAUAUUUCAUCUUUUUGACAUCUAUUAAGAAGAUAUAUACACCAUUGGUAUACUCUUAUUAGCAAUUAAUGUUUAUGGAUCAUCGAAGCAUCAGUUCUCGGACGAUCACAAGGUUAAGCACGUUCCACAAGGUUUAUAGUUUGGAUGGCAGUAACUACUACACGGGCAAUAAUACCUCCAGUAAUAACUACACACCUGACAGUCGGUCUUUUUCGUAAGGGCGGGGCCCGCGCCGGAACCUCCUUUCGCGAUCCCGCGUCUAGUUAUACAUAUGUGUUAUCAUUUACCGUUGUAUGAAGAUGUGACAAUGUUAAUAUGUUGUGAUAAGUAUCUUAUAGAUGCUUUGUCCUCACAACAUUAUCGCGACAUGGAGAUGUAGUGACAGAGACGAGAGGGAUGAUGCAGGGAUGGUAGGCCUACGUCAGAGGGUGGAGGCUGAGGAGCGUCGACAAUUCCUGCGCUACCUUCUGAGUAGCUCUAACGACGAAGAUGAUGACGACGACGACAACGAAGCGAGGAUGAGGAUGCCUCCGUGGGUGACGGUGAACCCACAGAUGGAGGUGUCUUGGGACGACGGCGCGAGGACGUCUCCGCGCGAGGAGGCGCCGGGGGACAGCGGCGCGAGGAGCCCGCAAGAGAGCUCGCGGGAGGAGGCGAGCUCGCGAGAGAGAACAGUUGCUUACGACAACUAGGAUGGCAACAGAUUCCUGCGCCGGAUAUAUUUAAUAGUUUUUCGCAUAUUAUAUUAUAUCAUACAUUAUCACAUCACAUUUACUAUCUAAAUUUUAAAAUGAACAUAUUUUAAGUUUAAA